AAUCUGACCCGCCAGCUCGCGGAAACGGCCGUCGGCGUCCGAGAGAUGAGCAAGCAGCUUGGUCGUACUCGCGUCCACUCGCACAUCCAGAACGUCCUCAUCGUCACAAAGGCCCGCGACAAUCGCCUCAUCAAGCUCACCCGAGAGCUCGCACUUUAUCUCAUGCUCAGGCCCUCUUCCUCCAACCGCCGCGGCAUGGUCGUCUACGUCGACGCGCAGCUGAAAAACUCAAGACGCUUUGACGCUGCAGCUAUCGAGCGCGAGCACCCGGAGUUAUUCAUACCCUUCCCCCGCCGCCGAUCAUCUAGCAGUUCCUCAGCAGCACCCAACGGGACCAAGGACGAGAACGCCUAUGGCGUCAUGGGCGAGGGCCAGCUCCGGUACUGGACCGCGGAUAUGUGUAGCCGGAGCCCACACCUGUUCGACUUUGUAAUCACCCUUGGCGGCGACGGAACCGUGCUAUUCACGUCGUGGCUCUUCCAGCGCAUCGUGCCCCCAGUGCUGCCAUUUGCCCUCGGCUCCCUCGGCUUCCUCACCAACUUUGACUUUGCGGACCACCAGGCCGUCAUGGACGGCGCGAUCGACGCGGGCAUCCGCGUGAACCUGCGUAUGCGCUUCACGUGCACAGUAUACCGCGCCAUCGCCCCCGGCGACGAGCCGAAGAAGCGGCGCGCGGUCAAGAAGGGCGACACGGGUGAGAUCCUGAUGCGCAACAUUGAGCGCGGCGGGUGGGAGGCGCUCGAGGGCGGGUGUGCUCCUGUGUUGGACAAGGAGGGGCGGACUGGGAGGGACAAGGAGAUCAUGUGUUUCACGACGCGGCCGGUCGAGAGCUUCGAGGUGCUUAACGACCUCGUUGUCGACCGUGGCCCGAGCCCGUAUGUCAGCCAGCUCGAGCUCUUCGGCGACGAACAUCAUCUCACCACCGUCCAGGCGGAUGGGCUGUGCGUCUCAACGCCCACGGGCUCUACUGCGUACUCGCUGUCCGCCGGAGGGUCGCUGGUGCACCCCGAGAUCCCGUCCAUCCUGAUUACGCCCAUCUGCCCGCACACCCUGUCCUUCCGGCCAAUGCUACUUCCCGAUAGCAUGGAGUUGCGCGUGUGCGUGCCGUUCAACUCGCGCAGUACAGCCUGGGCGUCGUUCGACGGUCGCGGGCGUGUCGAGCUUAAGCAGGGCGACCACAUCAAGGUGACUGCGUCCAAGUAUCCUUUCCCAACAGUCUGUGCGGAUACACAGUCCACCGAUUGGUUCAACUCGAUCUCACGUACACUCAAAUGGAACGAGCGCGAGCGUCAAAAGUCAUUCGUCGUCGUCGAGGAGAGUCCGGCGCGCAAGCAUCACAAGCGGCAUGCGAAUGGCGACGCACGACCGGGCUCCCCUACCUCGCCUACGCCUGUCCCGCAAGACGAAGGCGACGACCAGAACCAGGACGAGGAGGAUGAGUGCUCCGAGGACGGCGAGGAGGAUGAGGAGAAGUACGACAUCGAUGACCUUUCCUCCUCAGAGUCGCCGCCCGGCGCGGAGGUGGUCAUCCAAAACAAGAUGCGACCAUCAGAAGAGUGGAUCGGUAGGGAGAAGGCGCAGGAGGUUCAAAAGCCGGACGCGUCGAGGCUGGAGACACCAGAUCGUUUCGCGGGCCCGCAUCCGCAUCCGCCUCGUGUCUCGCCGCGGCACGUCGCAUUCGCACCCUCGAACGAGUCCUCGUCGUCCUCGCUUGUGUCAAUGAGCCGCGAGCCGACGGUGACCGCACGCCGCGAGCGUGGGCCUCGCGAUGAAGUAAACGGGAACGGGCAACCGAGGCGGUCGGGGCAGUCGCGCAGCCGGACGCCGCGCAUGAGGGAAACGGAGUCUGAUAGUCUGAAGACGCCAAGAGGGUUCGAGCGGAACAGGUCGAGGAGCAGGUCGAGCGACGCUCGCCGCGAGCCGCCACGCGCCCAGAGGGCGUUUGCCGUAUGGGGGCAGGACGAGAGCGACAGUGCGGCCAGUGACAGCGACACAUAAGGACUGUGGUGUGUGAAAGGUGGACGAAUGGAUGUAUAGAUUGCUUUAGUCUCUUUCUCUCGUUCUCGUAUUCGCUCACGGCGCAUUGCACUCAUCAUGACACACGUAGAGUCAUCGGGCAUUCAUUGGUUGACAGUAGUAUAUAUCCCACAUUCGCGUAAGUACGUCGGAACAGAAGCAGUACCAAACCGCAAUUUGUACUAUAGCUUGGCCUUCUCUACUCCAUACAGCCCUGCGAGGAGUAAGAUUAUACGUGGGGUUCAGUCACAGGCAAGGGUGUUGGGACCUUGGCUAUGAUGAGACAGGCAGCGAAGGAGGCUUGAAGAUUUAUCAGAAACAGACUCCGAGAGCAAACUCGACGUCGAU